AGGUUUCCCUAGAUGCCAGUUAAAAUUCCUUGUCCUGCUUGAAGAUCAUCUGUGGAAACGUUGGCCAUGGCAUCUGUAUCAGAGUCUGUUACAUUCAGAGAGUUCUGCCCUUUGUACUAUCUCCUCAAUGCCAUUCCCACAAAGAUCCAGAAGGGGUUCCGCUCCAUAGUGGUCUACCUCACGGCCCUGGACGCCAACGGGGACUACAUUGCCGUGGGCAGUAGCAUUGGCAUGCUCUACCUGUACUGCCGGCACUUGCAGCAGAUGAAGAAGUACAACUUUGAGGGGAAAACGGAAUCCAUCACGGUGGUGAAACUGCUGAGCUGCUUCGAUGACCUGGUGGCUGCAGGUACAGCCUCUGGGAGGGUUGCAGUCUUUCAACUUGUAUCCUCAUUGCCAGGGAGAAAUAAACAGCUUCGGAGAUUUGACGUCACUGGUAUUCACAAGAAUAGCAUAACAGCUCUGGCUUGGAGCCCCAAUGGAAUGAAAUUGUUCUCUGGAGAUGACAAAGGGAAAAUUGUCUAUUCUUCUCUGGAUCUAGAUCAGGGCAUCUGUCACUCCCACCUGGUACUGGAGGAGCCGGCUUCCAUCGUGCAGCUGGACUACAGCCAGAAGGUGCUGCUCGUCUCGACUUUACAGAGAAGUCUGCUUUUCUACACCGAGGAGAAGUCUGUCAAGCAGAUCGGAACACAGCCAAGGAAAAGCACUGGGAAAUUUGGUGCUUGUUUUAUACCAGGACUUUGUAAGCAAAGUGAUCUAACCUUGUACGCAUCACGGCCUGGGCUCCGGCUGUGGAAGGCUGACAUCCAUGGGACCGUUCAGGCCACGUUUAUCUUAAAAGAUGUCUUUGCUGGAGGAGUCAAGCCUUUCGAGCUUUACCCGCGCCUGGAAUCCUCUGACAGGGGAAGUUGCAGCUCACCCGAGAAACACCUGGGGCUUGUUUCGUGUUUCUUUCAAGAAGGCUGGGUGUUGAGUUGGAAUGAAUAUAGUAUUUACCUUCUAGACACCGUCAACCAGGCCACAAUUGCUGGUUUGGAAGGAUCAGGUGAUAUCGUGUCUGUUUCCUGCACAGAAAAUGAAAUAUUUUUCUUAAAGGGAGACAGGAACAUUAUAAGAAUUUCAAGCAGGCCUGAAGGACUAGCAUCAAUAGUGCGGGAUGGUCUGGAGACGUUAGGAUGCCCAGAGCAAGUCCAUGGGCAGCGUGCGGAGAAGCCGCCGGGGGCCACGCCUUCCGAGACGAGGCUCAGAGGCUGCUCCGUGGCCAGCGAGCCCCGGAGCAGGAGCAGCUCGCUGAACUCCACCGACAGCGGCUCCGGGCCGCAGGCCGCUCCCGAGCUGGGCAGGAGCAGCCAGCUCACCUCGAAGAGGUUCAGUGUCAUCAGCUCGGAGGACUUCGACCAAGAGCUCAUUGUGAAGCCCCUCAAAGUGAGAAAGAAGAGGAGGAAGAAGAAGACAGAAAGUGGAAGCGGGACUACCUGCCCCAGUUCCCUUGAAUCGACUCCGUGCUGGGAGUGUCCUGGAGAUAGCCCCCAGUCCUUGAACACAGACCUGCUGUCCACGGCCUCGAGUUUGGGCAGCAUCGUGGAUCAGUCCAGCACAGGGUCUCCUGACCAGGAGUGCAAUCUCAGUGGUGAGACCAACAGUGUCCUGCCAGAAUAUAGCGACCCCGAAACAUUUAGUGUCUUGGAGGUGCCCCAACCCGCCCCUGACUCACUGAAUGAAGAAGGUGACGGGAGAACCGAAAUCCCACUAUGUGACGGCACAGGCGAGACGCAGCCGCCUAGCGGGGUGUUGAGUUCACCCUGGCAUCCGAGGGAGGACGCAGAAGGGAGUGGUGACAUCGCGGAACUCGAAGAGGAGCCCUGUCCCGUGAGCGGUGGGCCAAGGAGCACAGAGUCACCCUGCCGAGAGCGGGGCAGCUCAGCGGAGGCCCGUGAGGUGGGGGGCAUGGAGGCUGCUGAGCCCCAGAGCACUUUUCCAGAAGCCCCCCUCCCUGGCUCCCCCCCAGUGCCUUCCAGCCUCAGCUGGGCUCCCAGUGCUGAGCGGUGGCUUCCAGGGACCAGAGCUGAGGAGCCCAGGGAAGAGCAGGGCUUCCGGAGGCACCUGGGGGCCCCAGGCCACAUCGGCUCGAGUCCCCGGCACGCUGUUGCUGACGAUGACACAGGCCAGAAAGCAGUGGCUGCUUCCGAAUGUGACUUGGGGAGUGCAGGAGGACGACGGCCUCGCCGGGUCUCUGCCUCAGUGGCCAGCGCCCGUGAGCAGCCCUCACGGGACCAGGCUUUGACGUCCAGUGAUGAGGAGGACAUCUAUGCCCACGGGCUGCCCUCUUCGUCCUCGGAGACGAGUGUGACAGAGCUGGCAGGGAGCCGCUCCCUGCAGGACCUGCACCCACCGGGCACAGACGAGCCCGGGCUGCUGAAGUCAGAGGAGUUUGCAGAAAGCUGGAUGGGUUACUCCGGGCCGGGCUACGGCAUUCUCAGCUUGGCGGUCUCCGAGAAGUACAUUUGGUGCCUGGACUACAAAGGCGGCCUGUUCUGCAGCGCGUUGCCGGGCGCUGGGCUGCGCUGGCAGAAGUUUGAAGAUGCCGUCCAGCAGGUGGCAGUCUCGCCCUCAGGAGCCCUUCUCUGGAAGAUUGAACAGAAGUCUAACCGGGCCUUUGCUUGUGGAAAAGUGACCAUCAAGGGGAAGCGUCACUGGUACGAAGCUCUGCCCCAGGCGGUGUUUGUGGCCCUGAGCGAUGACACGGCCUGGAUCAUCAGGACAAAUGGGGACCUGUACCUACAGACAGGUCUCAGCGUGGAUCGCCCCUGUGCCAGAGCCGUAAAGGUUGACUGUCCAUACCCACUGUCCCAGGUCGCAGCCCGAAACAGCGUGGUGUGGGCGCUGACGGAGCAGAGAGUCCUCCUGUACCGGGAGGGUGUAAGCAGCUUCUGUCCUGAAGGGGAGCACUGGAAAUGUGACAUCGUCAGCGAAAGGCAGGCUUUGGAACCUGUCUGCAUCACUCUCGGGGACCAGCAGACCCUGUGGGCCCUGGACAUCCGAGGACACCUGUGGUUCAGAACUGGCGUCGUUUCCAAGAAGCCCCAGGGGGACGACGACCACUGGUGGCAAGUGAGCAUCACAGACUAUGUGGUGUUUGACCAGUGCAGCUUGUUCCAGACCAUAAUCCACGCCACACACUCGGUGGCCACGGCGGCCCAGGUGCCUGUCGAGAAGGUGGCGGAUAAACUGCGCAUGGCGUUGUGGUCUCAGCAGCUCCAGUGCCAGCCGAGCCUCCUAGGGCUCAACAGCAGCGGCGUCUGGAUCUCCUCGGGCAAGAACGAAAUCCACGUCUCUAGAGGAAGUCUCAUCGGCACUUACUGGAAUAACGUUGUUCCCCGGGGGACAGCUUCUGCCACAAAGUGGGCCUUUGUGUUGGCUUCCACUGCUCCCACAAAGGAAGGAAGCUCCCUGUGGCUCUGCCAGAGCAGCAAGGACCUGUGCCGCGUCAGCGCCCAGCACGCCCAGUCACGCCCGUCCACCGUGCAGCUGCCCCCCGACGCCGAGAUGAGGGCCUACGCCGCCUGCCAAGAUGCCCUGUGGGCCCUGGACAGCCUCGGCCAGGUGUUCAUCCGGACGCUGUCCGCGAGCUGCCCCACGGGCAUGCACUGGACGAGGCUGGACCUCUCGCAGCUAGGAGCUGUGAAACUGAUGAGCCUGGCCUGUGGGGAUCAGCAUGUCUGGGCCUGUGAUUCCAGGGGUGGAGUUUACUUCCGCGUGGGAACCCAGCCUCUGAACCCCAGCCUGAUGCUUCCAGCCUGGAUAACCAUUGACCCGCCUGUCCAGGUGAGCAAAAGCUAACCGAUGCCAACUCGCUGGUCAGGAAGCUGCUUGGGUGCCGGUGCUGGGGAGAGGAGCACGCCUGCUGGUGUGGCCUCCCAGCAACUGGGGGAGGAGGGGCGUGUCGGGGAGCCCCGGGCCUGAGGCGUGCCCCAGGUCAACACACGCUCAUUCACUGGCGUCCCACACCUGGAAUGCGAUAUUUGUGAAGUUCAGGGCCGAACAGAUGAACGAUUGUCUGAGCCAGUGCUGCUUUUUUUCUUUCUCAAGAUAAGUGUUUCGAUUCUAACUUUUUACAGAAUGAACAUUAUUUUUGAAAACAUCAAACAAUAUCCAAAAGUAUAGAGAAGAAAGUAAAAGUCAUUUUAAAAUCUUGUCAUGGAGAUAAUGUAUUAUCGUUAUUUUGUGAGUGCCUCUCACAAAAGUUUGUUGAAGAAAUUCUCCUCGUGCGCCCCCUCCCCUCCCCCGACCCCGGCCGUAUUUCAGUUUACCAU